AAGAUCAGAGCUGCGUUCUCUGAAGAAAAUCCAAAACCUAAAGAUCCGAUCAUCUCAAGACCUAAAGAUCCGAUCAUCUGAAGACCUAAUUCAAAGAUCUUGAAGCAGUGGUUUCUCUAUCUCUCUCUCUGGGAUAAUAAUAAUGGCAGAUCGUGGAGUUCAUGUUACUCGUAGAGGAAACAGAUGUCUUGAGUUCGUGACCAAAUUGUAUGAGUUGGUUGAUGAUCCUUCUACUGAUUCACUCAUCUCUUGGGGACCAAACGGCGACACUAUCAUAAUUUCGAAUCCGCUAAAAUGCUGCAGAGACAUUUUUCCUCAAUACUUAGGAGUCCGCAACUUCAUGAGAUUUCUACAAUAUGGAUUUGAAAUGGUUGAAGAGUCGAGACAAUUGGAAUACGCAUGCGACGAUUUCGUGAAAGGCCAACCUGAGCUUUUGGACAAGAUUGGGCAACGCUACAAGGACCUCCAAUAUGAGAAUUUUGGCAAGCAUUCUGAGGCACGGCUUAAGCGACUGAGAAGCUGCAAGACUGAGAAAGAGAGGGAAUCACUCACCAAGGAGAAUCUCAAGGGAUAUGAAGUGGAGAUGAGGGCCAAAAUGGAUCAACUUUUGUCCAAGGACGUCGAACGUUUAAUGCAAACUGUCGCAUACGAAAGGGAGUGGAGAAGAAAAGCUCUUCCUGAACAUUUAGAGGAGCGGUUGCAACUUGUUCUUGACAGCCUCAACGAGCUGACCAAAGCUUCCAGUGAUCUUUGAGUUCGAUCUUGUGGAGUGCAUCUUCAUAGAAUAUGUUUUCUUUAAUCUCUCGCAUUAAUGUCUGACUCUAGCCUAGUUCAGUAAUUGGUUAACCCUGUUAUUAAAAAUCUCACCAAUGAUUAGAGUCUGAAUAAAAGGAUUUCUUGCAAAAAUUCAUCUCAGUGACUACUAAAUAGAAUUUUCAGCGAAAACUUGUUGUACUUGUGGUUUGAUUUGUUUUUCUUUUGAGAUUUUUUUUGGUUGCUGGGGCUCAUAUAGAUUGGGCUGAAAUGAGUAAAGUGUAAUUAAGCCCAUAAAAGUGUUGGGUAUAAAUAGUAUCGUCGUCUCUCUCUCGUCGGUCGACGCAGACUGAAGACAUAGCCAAACAUCAUCCGAACUUUUAUUCUAGGGUUUGUUCAUAGAUUUGUAGAUCUGAAAAAGCCGUCUGGGAUAAUGACGGAUCAUGGAGCAGCUGUUUCUGUAACAAAAAAGAAAGAGUGCUUGGAGUUUUUGAGCAAAGCAUAUGCGAUGGUAGAUGAUCCUUCGACGGGUUCGAUAAUCUCGUGGGGGUUUAACGGCGAUAGUUUCAUUGUUUGGAAUCUUCCAGAAUGCCGCAGAGACCUUCUUCCUCGUCUCUUUGGAAUCAAUGACUUCGGGAAAUUUCAAUUACAUGGGUUUAAGAAAGUUGCGUCGGCACAUUUGGAAUAUGCAAGAGAUGAUUUUGUUAAAGGGCGACCAGAGCUUUUGGAAAAGAUUGCACAAAGCUUCUAUGAUAAACGUGAGAAGAAGAUGAAGCCACUAAGAGAUGCACUGAGAAAUUGCAAAAAGGAUGAGGAUUUGAAAGUCACCAAGGAGUGGUUGGCCUCGCAGGAAAGGGAGAGAAGGGACCAAGUGGAUAAAGAUUUGUUAAAGAACGCUGAUCUUCUUUUGCUAAGCAUCUCUAGGGAAAAGGAGAGAAGGGCUCAUGCCUUGGCUACUUUUAACUGAAACUUUUACUAUAUAUAUAUAUAUAUAUAUGUGAGAUCAAACAAAAUGGAGAUCAAACAAAAUGGAGACUAUUAAUUCAUUCAUUCAGAUAAGAGAAGGAAUUCCAAAAAUAUAAACCGAGGGGCUUAAUUUA